AUGUCUCUCAAAUCUUUCUUCAUUGCUAUAAUUGGCGCCGCAGUUAGCCUGCAGCUGCUCAUUCUCGGCAACAUGAGCUACCUCUACGGCUCUGCCUAUCAUGACGGCUCGCGUUAUAGCUCAAUGAAGUUUUUGUACGUCGACUACGACCAAGGAUCAGUGGGCGAGUCUGUGAUGACAGCAUAUAAUGCACUGAAAGGCCCUUCCUUCCCUACGGUCAUUCAGCAAAACAGGCAAACCUACCCGACGCAGAAACAUAUUCAUGAAGCCAUCUGCAGUGGUGAAUACUGGGGUGCCGUUUAUGCUUCUCCAAAUGCAUCGUCCAAAUUAUCAGCUGCUCUAUCUUCCUCCGAAGUUGCACAAGGAUACGACAGCUCGAAGGCGCUGGGCUACAUCUGGAGCAGCACUCGUUAUCCCGCCUACGCUCAGGGCGUCUUUUCAAAUUUACUCCAGAUCACAGAAGCUGCUGCCGCGGUAUACAAAAAGACAAACGGCACAGAUCUCCUUCCCUGGAUCAAUACCUCCGAUCGUUCCAUCGCGCAAACAAUCCUCGACCCGGUCUCUGCAACCUCAACAGAUAUUCACCCAAUGCCUCAAGGUGUCCGAUUUUACUACAAUACCGUGUCCAUGGUCAUGCCUAUAAUCAUCCAGUUCUUUUUCAUAAUGGCACUCAACGGCGUCACACUCCAAAAUAAACUCUUCAGCAUGCUCUCGCCCAGGAAGAACACCCUGCUCCGUCUUUUCAUAUCGAUCAUCUAUACAUUUUUUGCCUCACUCGUCAUGUCAGGCUACAUCUGGGCCUUUCGCGAAGACUGGAGUGUUACCGGAGGGCAGUUCGCUCUAACAUGGAUGGCUAUAUGGCUCGCCAUGCACGUUCACUUUCUGAUAAUUGAUUUCGCAACAGCAAUUUUCCCUAUGCCCUUUAUGCCCUACUUUGUCCUAACCUGGAUUAUCAUGAACGUGACGAGUACUAUUGGGCCGUUUGAGCAGUCUCCAGGAUUCUAUCGAUUGGGGUAUAUCUUUCCAGCGCAUGGGCUUUACGAGAUUAUGAUGGAUAUCUGGACACAGGGCUGUAACCCGCAUUUGUAUCGUGCAUUGCCGAUUUUAUUUGCGGAGUGGGUGGUUGGCAUUGGGUUGUUUGUAUUGGGUAUGGGAAUGAGGAUGGAGGUUGGGCUGGGAGGAAUUUUUGGAAGACAGACCGUGAGCAUUCUGCGAGAGGAAAAAUAG